CAAUGAUCCUUCUGCCUCAGCCUCCCAAGUGCUGGGAUUACAGGUAAAUCCUGCUAAGCAGGCGGCUCCACAGAUGAGCUGUACCGGCCCAGCUCAGUCUCCUCCUCCCUGCAGCCUGAGUUCCAGCUGCCCCCUGGCCUCGCCAGUUCCUGGGUCUCAGUGUUUAUUUAAAAGAUGCUAGACGCUCUGCAAGGAGCAUGGCUGGGUCUCAAACCUGCCUCCAUCUGCUGUCCCUGUGACUAAUGACGCGCCUCUUUCAGGGCCCUUCUUCUGCAUGUCUUCCUGUUUUGGCAGAAUGCCUUUUCAGAUCUCUUGCUCCUGGUGGGACUGGGCUGCUCAUGGCUAUGGCUGAGCUUGAGGGUCCUUCAGAGAUUCUGACUCUGUCCUUCACUCGGUGUUUUGUGAUUGUCUUCCUGUCACUCACUGCCUUCUACCCUGUGAUGCCACACACCUGGCAGGGACCUUGGGAGUGGCACCUCGAGGAACCCCAGGACAGCAAGCAGAAGCCCGCUGCUUCUUUCUUCCUUGCACUGGGUAUGAGGGGUCUUUCUCUGACUCAAUUCCCAUGCACUCUGGUGGACUUCAGGUGCUGGCCUUCCUGGUGGCCCUCUGAACACACCCCAGAGGGUCUAGGUGGCAUGCCCCAAGGCCACGUGUUGCUCCUGGCCCCAGGUCCUGGACCUGGAAAUCAAAUCACUGGGGAGCCCUUUUAGUCUCCACUGGCCCUGGCGCCUCCCUGGCAUCCUUUUCCCCUGCACAGUUACGGAACUGGUGAUAAGGCUGCUGAGAUAACAUAAUCCACCCCAGUGCCGCCAGCUCCCCCUUCCCACAUGCACUUGCAGGAGGCCAACUGGCAGCGGGGUGGGUGUCUGGAGGGGGUGCCCAGGGCUCCCACAGCUGGGCUGGCACAGGCUGUGCCCCUGGAUGAGGUCUGGAGGCCUGGCCUGGGGGGACCCUGUCCCUGAGUUGGAGGUCAGAGGGAAGGAGUGCUGCUGGGUGCCCCAGACCCAGGUGAGAGCCUGGCUGUCUGGAGCCCUCCAGGAAGUAACCCCUGGGACUGGAGGGGACACCUGAGUGAUUGUGCCACACAAUGGACAAAGGGGGGCUGGUGUUUCCGAAGUGCCUUCUACAGGCUCCCCAACCGGCUCCUCCUGGGAGCCCUGGCUGGGCUGGGCUAUAAAGCUGGGGUCCUGGGCUUGGGGAAUCGGGGUGCUAGUACUGGGCAGGCAUGGUCAUGAGGUCAGAGCUGCUGAGCCUGGUUCUGCUCUGGGUGUCGGUGGCUCGGGCAGAGGUCCUGGUACAGCCCGACUUUGAUGCCAAACAGUUUUCUGGCCUCUGGCAUGUGGUCUCCAUGGUGUCCGACUGCAAGGUCUUCCUGGAAAAUAAGGACCACCUGCUGAUGUCUACCCAGGACGUCAAUGCCACUGGGAAGGGCGACCUGGGUGUGCACAUAGAGCUCCCCCGGAGGGACGGCUGCAAACGGAUGGACGUCCGGUAUCUGAAGGUGGGCUCUGAGGGGCACUUCAAGGUCCCAGCCCUGGGUUACCUGGACGUACGCGUGGCGGACACGGACUACAGCUCCUUCGCAGUGGUCUACAUCUACAAGGAGCUGGAGGGGGCGCUCAGCACCGUGGUGCAGCUCUACAGCCGCACCCAGGACGCGACCCCCCAAGCGCUGAAGGCGUUUCAGAACUUCUACCCGACGGUGGGGCUCCAGGACGCCAUGGCGGUCAGGCUGCCACGAUCAGAUGCAUGCUCCCUGGGGCAGGGGGGCACCCAGGCACCCCUGGAGUCCAGCCCUGGCCCUACCCAGGUGGGGGGCAUGGCGGACUCUGAAGCAGCAAACCUCACAACCUCAGGAGCUCAGUGAGACCUGCGGCCCUCGGGGCCCACCUUGGGUCACCCCUCAUCCUCCUGUCUCCCUCACCCCCACCAAUAAACAGAUUCUGCAGCC